AUGUACGAUCACUCUGGUGGCGCUGUAUCUACUCACUUCGAUAUCUACCAGCAACCAGAUCUGUUUUCUCAUAUUAUCGCUGCUAUCAAUUUCGGCAGUCUAGAAUGUGUUGGGUACAGUCCAACAGUCUCCUUCAUGAAACAUGUUUUGCCACCCCUUUCCAUGGACAUCCACCUCUAUCGUCCAAUCAAUAAUAUUCCCACGUGGCGUAGCAGUUCAGCAGACCCUGAUGCUUUCACCUCUGAAUCUCUCGCUGAGCUGCUUGUUUCCGAGAGCCCGUCAUCUGAUGAUCAUCUCGAGUCUGUUGUCUCUGACUCUGAGGAACGCUCAAGUGAGGACUCGCUUGAAGGGAGCUCAAAUGAUAUGACCACUCAAUCAUUGGCACACAAAGAACUCCUCCCCUCUCCCUCUCACAUGCAACCUACUAUGGUAUCUAGUGCCCCCCUUCUUGGCCUCGUGUCCCAAAUGUCCCAGGACCUGACAGAGAGUAUAUGUUCUGUCAUGCCCCAUCCUUCCCAAUUUCCUCAUUCUGUGUACUCACCUGAACCUUGCGGCAAGAUCCGUGUAGGGGAUAAUAUAUAUAUCAUCAAGAGAAUUCUCUUCACAAGUUGGGGCCUCGUUGGCCAUGGGACUAUCUGCUAUCUGGGCAGUUUGAAUGAAGAGGACUACAUUGUUAAGGACCACUGGGUUCUCGGCAAGCAGGACAACAUCAUCUUGAAUGAGAUCAAGAUGCUCAAAUUGAUCCAUGGUGUCCCUGGCAUUCUGGAACUGGUAGAUUAUUGGCUCAUCACAACAUUAGCGGUCCAGAAAACGGCAGUGGAGGAGCACAAGAUUCUGCAUUGUGAUUGCAGUCUGAAUAAUGUGUUGAUUCUGGACAAUUUAGAUAUUAGCAAGGGGUUCCUUAUUGACUGGGAAUUUGCAGUACAUAUUACUGCAGAUAAUAAAUAUACCAUUGGUGGUACAGGCACGGUCCCCUUCAUGUCAUGCAGGCUUCUCAGCCAAGUUGCACUUCUGCAGCAACAGGCGAAGGCAGAAGCCGAGAACAAGAAGCUAUCAAAAACUUGCAAGUCGAAAUCAAAGCAAACCCUCAAAACCCCCCAAACCUCCUCAUAUUCUUUGGCAUUGCCUGUUUCUCAUGUGAUCCAAGGUUACUCUGAUGACCUUGAAUCUCUCUUUUUCACAUUCACUUGGGUUUGUAUCAAGUUCAGUGGUCCCAAUGGUGCAGUCCAUCAGGAGCGCAUGUCUAAUUCAUUGCUCAAUCGCUUGACUAACCUUGACCUGGCAUCAUCCACUGCCUUCAAGAUUACCUUCUUCGCGAACCCAUUGGAUGAAGAACGUCUUCUCAAUGAAUUUCACCCAUACUUCAAGCCUCUCCUCCCCCUAGCAAAAGAUUGGUGUGCAGCAUUGAAGGAUAACAUGGUUCACCCCAUUACCUUUGACACCAUUCUUCACAUACUCAACUCUCAUCUCGAUCAACUUCCCGAUGAUGAGGAGCUUCAAUCUACUAUGGCAAUGCUGAUGAAGUCUUCCACCAUUCUCAAUAGUACACCUAACUUGAAAUGUGCUGCUUCAAUAUCUUUGCAGCCUAAAGGCCCAGGAACGCUAAAGCAGAAGAAAUCAGAUGAUAUCUGA